UCGUUUUUAUUCAGGGACGAAUGUAGCGGAUUCUAAGUAGCUGGGUAGACAACCAAACAGAUGAGACCAGUAACAUUGGCCUAGCUACUAUUGACCCAUUGGAGUCAAAUAAUUAGCGAAGAAACGCCACAUAAUCACUAGCCGGCUAACGUUAACAUGCUAGCCACACUGGCAUCCAUUUACUAGCCACAUCGCUACGAAUGGCCAGCCAACUAUGUUGAACACCACUUCUCGUGGAGGCAGAGAUGGGAGACACGCUUGAGUUCAACGAGAUCUACCAGGAAUCCAAGGGGUCCUGGAACGACGGUCGUCUGAGGUUCAGUAAGCAGAAUGUGGUGUAUAAGAGCAGUAAGACGGGGAAGGUGGACAACAUCCCGGCAGCAGAGCUGUCCCAGGCCACGUGGAGGCGUGUGUGUCUGGGACACGGCAUCAAGCUGGCCACCAGCACCGGACAUGUCUACAAAUAUGACGGCUUCAGAGACACGGAUUAUGAGAGGAUCUCGGAGUUCUUCAAGGCCAACUACAAGGUGGAGCUGACAGAGAAGGACAUGUGUGUGAAGGGCUGGAACUGGGGCACUGCUAAAUUCUCUGGUCCAUUGUUGUCGUUUGACGUGAAUGACAGCUCCGUGUUUGAGAUCCCCCUGGCCAGCGUGUCCCAGUGUGCCACCGGGAAGAACGAGGUGACGCUGGAGUUCCACCAGAACGAUGACGCUGAGGUCUCUCUCAUGGAGGUCCGUUUCUACGUCCCCCCCGGCCCGGCAGACGAGGGGGCAGACCCGGUGGAGGCGUUUGCCGCGAAUGUGCUGUCUAAGGCCGACGUGAUCCAGGCUACAGGAGAUGCUGUGUGUGUCUUCAAAGAGCUGCAGUGCCUCACACCCAGGGGCAGGUAUGAUAUCCUCAUCUACCCCGCCUUCCUCCACCUCCAUGGUAAGACGUUUGACUACAAGAUCCCCUACACCACCGUGCUGCGUCUCUUCCUGCUUCCACACAAGGAUCAGAGACAGAUGUUCUUUGUGAUCAGUCUGGACCCGCCCAUCAAGCAGGGGCAGACCCGUUACCACUUCCUCAUCCUGCUCUUCUCUAAGGAGGAGGAGCUCCGCCUCACCCUCAACAUGAGCGAGGAGGAGGUGGAGAAGCGUUAUGAAGGGAAGCUCAGUAAGAACAUGUCAGGUUCUCUCUAUGAGAUGGUGAGCAGAGUGAUGAAGGCUCUGGUCAACAGGAAGAUCACCGUGCCCGGAAACUUCCAGGGGAACACCCCAGGGGCCCAGUGUAUAACGUGUUCCUACAAGGCACAGUCCGGUUUGCUCUACCCGCUGGAGCGGGGCUUCAUCUACGUGCACAAGCCCCCCGUCCACCUGCGCUUCGAGGAGAUCUCCUGUGUCAACUUCGCCAGAGGCACCACCACCACGCGCUCCUUCGACUUCGAGGUGGAGACCAAGCAGGGGAACCAGUUCACCUUCAGCAGCAUCGAGAGGGAGGAGUACGGGAAGCUGUUUGACUUUGUAAACGCCAAGAAACUCAACAUCAAGAAUAGAGGAUUCAAGGAGGGCAUGAAGAGUAAGAACAACGAGUACAGUGACUCCGAUGAAGACCAGCACGAUGCCUACCUGGAGAGGAUGAAGGCUGAGGGCAAGAUCAGAGAAGAGGGAGACGGCAGCAACGACUCCGACGAAGAGACCGAUGAGUCUUUCAACCCUGGGGAGGAGAGUGAUGUUGCUGAGGAGUAUGACAGUAACGCGUCAGAGAGUGAAAGCGGCAGCGGAGGUGAUGGCAGCGAUGACGAGGGAAAGAAGAAGAAGCCUGCAAAGAAGGCCAAAGUAGUGAAGGAGAGGAAGCCACGCAAAGAGAAGAAGCAGAAGGACACCAACGCCCCCAAGAGGCCGAUGAGUUCCUACAUGCUGUGGCUCAACUCCAGCCGUGAGCACAUCAAGUCGGAAAACCCCGGAAUCUCAAUCACGGAGAUCUCCAAGAAGGCCGGAGAGAUGUGGAAACAGAUAGGGAAGGACGACAAAGAGGGGUGGGACAGGAAAGCAGAGGAGGCUAAGAAGAACUAUGAGAAAGCCAUGAAGGAAUACAGAGAGAACGGUGGAGGCUCCUCUACACCCUCCAAGAAGGAGAGCAAGAAGGCAGGAGGCAAGAAGGAGGACAAGGCAGGAGGCAAGAAGAGGAAGUCCGACGGGGGAGAGAAAGAAAAGGAGCAAGGAGGGAACGACAGUUUUAAGAGCCGAGAGUUUAUCUCCAGCGAGGAGAGUUCGUCUGAGGGCGAACGGAAGAAGGCCAAGAAAGCCAAAGGCAAACCCAAGGGCAAGGAGUCUGAGGAAGAGGAGGAAGUGGUGACCACGCCCCCCAGCUCUGAGGAGGACUCUGACUAAGGAGAGGGAGAGGGGCCUCGCUGGAGCUUCUGAUGACAUCAGAACGAACAGGGAACAUUUGGACAAGUUUACACAGUGACAGGUGCACAAAGACAUGCAGAUGAUAAACGCUCACACACACACACACACACACACACUAAGCGUUACAUGGACCAAUAACUUGUACUCUGUCUGUAUGUCCAACACAUUCUUAGAAAGUGAAUUAUUAUGUACUACAUUACCCAUGAUUCUACUGGGUUCUAUUCUAUUCGCCCCAUGGGGAUGGUUGUAGUUUAAAAGCACUGAGACAUGCAGGGGUCUUCAGUCUUGAGUUUUUUUCUUGUUGCUUGUCCUUUUGACCUGUUUAGAGAAAUGAAGAACAGCAAUUCUGUACUUUUUUUAAAUUUUCAUUUCCAUGUCAUGUUUGUUUCUUUGUUUUCAGACAGAAUUAAUAAAUCUUUUGUAAUAAAAUCUUUGAUUGUUUGUAGGAGCUUGAGGAAAGGAAGUCCUCAACGAAAUUAAAUUAUUUAGGAGGCGAUAGGACAAAGCACAGGAAGCCAUUUAGGAGUACUGGAAUGGGGCCAUGAAUAUCUUUAAUGGGUAGAGGAGAUGUCGGUUUAACCCCCUUGAGACCUGUUCAUAUUAUAUACCCUGAAAGACCCUCAGUAACACAAACUCACACACACCUAGAAUAUGUAGUUGAACUAAAAUAUACAUGUAAAGUGUUGGUUUCAUGAGCUGAAAUAUAAGAUCCCAGAAAUGUA